AUGGCGAUCUCUGAAGACUUUACGAUGGCCUUGCCGUUUCAAGCUAUGAUGAACAACACGACUAGCUACGAAAACGUCAAGCAUCCCUACUACCCAUUGGAUGCCAACAUUGUCGGUUAUGUGGCCAACGACUCUACCGUGCUCUCCCUUUUCGGCUCCUUUAUUGCUGGCUGUGCUGCGAUCUUUGGUCUAACACUUCUGGCUGUGAAGAGAAUAAACCCAAGGUUGCCUGCCAGCGAACUCAUCACAGUCAUGUGGUUCGCUCUUUGUGGGUGUAUACACUUGUUCUUCGAAGGGUAUUUUGCAUACAACCAUGCAAACAUGGGCGGGCUGCAGACGUUCCUUGGACAGCUCUGGAAAGAGUAUGCGCUCUCAGAUUCAAGAUAUCUUACAGGAAACAUCUUCGUCUUCUGUGUUGAAGCCAUGACCGCUAUUCUUUGGGGCCCACUGAGCUUUGUAGUCGCUGUAAUGAUUGCGACCGAGAACCCGCUGAGGCAUCCACUGCAAGCAGCAGUGAGCCUUGGGCAGUGUUAUGGUGAUCUUUUGUAUUAUGCUACCAGCAUGGCCGAUCACUUUUACCUGGGUAUCGAGUAUUCAAGACCGGAAUCUUACUACUUCUGGGGAUACUAUUUCGGAGCGAACUUCUUCUGGAUCGUGAUACCUGCAGAUGUGCACGGACUUCGUCGAGCGGAAAACAUUAACACCAGUAAUUCAUGGACAUGGAGGCCGGGUUGGUCCAGUUCUCUCCACCUUCGCCGUUUCAACCCAUCUUCUCGCCGCGAGCAACCACACAUGAAAAAAGGCGACCGUGACACCGGCAAGCAGACCGGCCUCUACGACACUGAUAAGAUUCGCCAAAGGGUGCAAAGAUGGCAAGCUGACAGUGCUGGAGCAGUCGUUGCGAAAGAGGAUGAGAAUGUGGUAACCGUCGAGUACGAGCACGAUGCAGACGACACAAGACGCGCAAAAAGGCCAAACAAGAGCUCGCCGGAUAAAUCUCGAACCGAUGCAGACAAGAGGAGCAGUCAGUCAUCUCCAACCAAAUCGCCAAAGACCCCUAGAGAACCCGACCCAGAUCGACAAGCAUGGGUGCGCAAGAAAAACAUUCCCCGCAACGACUUGAAUCCAGAUGUCAAACAUGCUGGAGCACCCUUGAAGCGCGUGGUCAGUGAUGCUCACUGGCGCAAAGACCGCUCGCCUACAAAGACACCUGAGAAUCCACCAAAUAUCGAUCCAAAGCCAUACACGAUCAAGAGGACUACUGUAUACAAGAGUGAGGAGCCUUCAAAAUCGAAACAAGACGAUGACGGCAUCAGAGUCAGACCCAUGGCAGAAGACGACGGUAUACGCAUAACACCCAUAGAAGAGAGCUCAAGAGCGCAGUACAAACAGCGUACGUCCAAGAUCGAAGGUGGUCAACGCGGCAGCUCUGGAAGCUUGAGACAGCGUGCUUCAGAACAUAGGCUGGAAUCAACAAGCGCAGGGGAGCGCACACGAGAAAAAGACACGAGGAGCCCUAGGGAAGUGAGUCGCGACAAUUCAGAUCGGAGGCGUAGGCUACGUCGACGCCACGUUUCGCCAGCAGCCUCCGAGGCAGGAACGGAGAACAUAUCAAUCGCACAGACCCUGGAUCCAGAUGACAGUAUCAGUGCUCGGAAUGCUCAUGCCCGAAAGUCACGAGGAGCGCCUUCGACUGCACAAGAAACCAGAAAAGACCCGACGGCUGGACGUUCUAGAGUACCGGAAACCAAUGGUGUGUUGCCGUCAGAUGCAAUUCCUGCCGCAGCACCUGCGUACGGAAACCGAAUUGAGGCAUGGCUUGGAGGAACUCCCGAUCCUUUCGUUGCUGGUGAAGCUUUACAACAAGAAAAGGGGCAUAAAAGAAUCCCAGCCUCUAAAGAUCAACCUCAGCAACCAUUAAACGUAGACUCAGCGGGUCAACGGAUUGGCUCUACUCCAAAAGUCUACAAUAAUGCAGACAUUCCAAACGGCCACGUCAAGUCGCAACCUUCAACUGCGAGUCCGAAGUCAAAAGAGGCGCUACGAACCAUUCCCGAGUCUGUGCCUUCAACUUUCGACGACGAUACCUCCUCUUAUGCUACAUCCUCUGUACCAUCUGAUAUACAACUUCCCGAUGUGCAGACCAGCAAACAUGCGCCAGGAGCGAACCUCCGAAGGCGAUUUCCCACUACGGGAAAAAGACUAUCAACCAUCGCUUCGGCAGAAACACUACAAGAGUCUGUGGCCUCUUCUGAGAUUUCUGAGCAAGAGACGAUCGUGCCCGAACGCACAGGAUCUCAGGGUGGCGCCAGUGGGCUCAAGCGAAGGUUGACCCGUCAUGAGGACCUCAUAUCUGUGUUGUCAUUACCUAUGGCUGACGCUAAGAGCAUUGUUUCAGCACGCAGGAUCCAGACCAACCGGACGAGACUUGAGAAGGCGACCCUCCAAGAUCUUUGGGACGAGUUCACUGCGGACGAAAUCAAAUACCAACGAGAACUCCGCACUUUAGUGGAUGGGGUCAUUCCAGUACUGCUGUCAUGUGUACUUUCCAAGUCAGACUCGGCGAUCGCUGCUGGUCUGUUUGGACGUUCUGCUUCCGAUGAUGCGGCUGUCACCAAACCUAUCGUCGACAUGGGCGUUGCACUAGAACGCUUGAAAGCACACCAUCGCCGAGUUCCCAAGUGCGAUAACAGCGCACUAAUAUCAUGGGCUCAAGGAGCUACUCGAAUCUACCAUGAUUACCUGAAAGCAUGGAGGAUGGGUUUCCAGGAUGUCGUGGUGAACCUUGCACCCGCAGAUGCCGACACCAGUGCCAGAUGGGAUGACGGUUUGCUAAGGAAUGAGGACGGUGACUUGAUCAAUGGUGACGGAGAGAGAGUCGACGUAGCUUUCUUGCUCAAGAGACCCCUGGUCCGCCUGAAGUAUCUCGCCAAAACAUUCAAGGGCAUCAAUCACCUCGCUCCGUCAGCCACGGCAUGUGUUUUGGCCGACAAAUAUCAGGAGUUGGUCACCGAGGCUCGCAGAAGAUCUAACGAAGAACGGGCUCGGUUGGAGGACGAGGCUGCUGCGGCCAUCGACCCUACCCGUGCCAGAGAUCUUCGAAGUCUGGCUCUGCUCAAAGGAGUCAGUAUCGAUGCGACACGUUGUGUUCAUGCCAGAGACUACUUCGACAUGAACAUAAUCCAUUCCAGCGGGCAACAGUUGGAUUGCAGGAUUGAGCUUGUGAUCCGCGAUGAUUGUCCUGGUCGAGGAAAUGGGGGUGACAUUCUCGUCUGCGAGGUAUCGGACACAGGUCGCUGGUUGCUGUUUCCACCUCUCAGUAAAGAUUCUGUCUCCGCAAGAGCUGGCAACAGUCCAGGAGAUAUAGUCAUGAUGGCUCGGGGUCGACACGCUAACAAUAGAGAAUGGCAUGAGCUCCUGUCAUUGCGUGCUAGUGAUGAAUCUACUGGACCAGAGUGGGUAGAGAUGCUCGGACUCAGUCCCGUUCCACCAUCUCUGGCAAGACAAUCCAGCUUCCUCGCCAAAUCCCAGGCCCCAUCCCGCCGAGAUUCGCAAGAGGUCCCAUCGCCCGUCAGUCCUACAAGUCGAGGAGCUGAGUGGACUAGACAGAUCGAGAUUCCUAUCGGAGAAAGACCUAGCUCGUCUAGGAGCUGGGGUUCGGAACGUAGCGGGCAAGAGAAGCUCGUGGCGAACCUUGAGAGUGGUAGACAAUCCCUGCCGGAUAGCAGGUUGCUGCGGAAGUCUGUCCCAUUAACGCUCAAAGAAAUUCAGAAUGAUCUCGCUCUGCCCAGUCUGCCAUUGCAAGAGGCUAUCGGAACUACGUCGCGAACAGAAACGUCUCCAGGAGAUACGCCGGCACUUCGAAGAUCGAGGGCGACGCGUCAGAGAUCAUCACCGCCUAUGUCGCCUAGCUCAUCUCGCUCUUCUUUGCAGUUCUCUGGGGAGAAGGAAACGAGGGCUCGUCCAGAACGUCCUACUUAUCACAUGUCAAGGUCGGAAACUGGCACCACUCUGAGCUCAUACUCGAGUCAAUCCACACUGUCUCAGUCGAGAAAAGAAUAUAGUGUUUGGAUGCCUCCGUCCACGAUUGCAUCUGACGAGUCUGAAGAGGAAGAGGAUGGCAGCCACACGGACACGGCAAACAGGCCUCGCUCGCAGCCUCACCGAAGAGUAUCAUCAGUACCCGUGGCCGAGUGUGCUCAUGCUCCGAAGUCGCGACACAAGAGCGAGCCAAACUCACCAAUUCAUCCUCCUGAAUUCUUUGAUUAUCCAGAUCGGACUCGCCUUGGGGAAUCAGUAGAACCCUCAUCGGGCCCUGCUAAAUUGCAGAAGCGUCGGCCAAGUGUCAAGGGUGUCAGCUUCGAUGAUAUACUCGGCGACGCUUCCAGCAAAGACAAGGACUUGCCGCCCCCGAAGUCGAAAAGAUUCAGUAUACCAUCUUUCACGCCGAACUUCUUGAAGAGACAUCGCCGGUCCUCGUCCCCUCUCAAACAUGAAUACGAACCGUCCAUCACAAGCGAGUCUUCUACAGAGAGUGAGCUGUCCUACUCUGAAGAUGAUGACGAGUCCAUCACGUCUGGUUCCUCCGAAGACGCCGUCGAAGGGGCAGAAGUAAUGGUACCGCUCGAUCUGCCUCUUGUUGACAAAUUUGGAGAAGCCAACCCGCCGGCAUCGGUUGCUUCCCUACCUACCACUACACUUGGUCCGUCGAACUCUGCCUCUCAAGCCCCAUAUCGGACUGUUCCUUUGCAAGCGACAAAUGCUUCAAAAACUGUUGCGUCAAUAUACUCAUGGUCAGACCGAGGCGCAUGGGAGCUUCUGCACCCGAGUGAAUGCGUCGUUGUGAUCACACCGGGGCUUAUUGAAGCUUUUGACCUGCAUGAAGCCAUACCAGAUGGGAGCGAUGUGACAAGUCCUUCCGCCAGGGGUGUACAGCCUUUGAUAGCGUUCGAAGUCACUCCUCUUGUUCCCUUGCGUCGGGGCACAGCGCUUGACAUUUCCAUCAGAUCACCUCCCACGGCUAGCUCCUUGAUUCGUGCCAGUAACAACGUCAUGUUCCGCUCUCGAAGCGCUGAAGAGUGCGACAUGCUGUACUCAUUCAUUAAUACUGCUCGGAUCAACAACCCAACAUAUAUUGCACUGCAGAAUGCCAGAGGUCCAGUCACUGAAAGUACAUGGUCUGCAGCCAUGAACCAGAACAAUAAUCAGAGGUCCGUGAAUGGCUCUUGGUUCCACAAUCCGCUCCGCAGAAGUAACACGUACCGAUCCAAGACCUCUCGGGCACCCUCUGAGAUAACUGACUCUUCUGUCGGUACAACGAACUCCGCGUUCUCUGCGCUGCGCAGGUUCAAUGGCAAUAGCCGACUCUUCAACAUUGCUAAGAGUACUAUUACAUCUCGUCAAGGCAGUCGAAGUGGUACAAGCGAGUCACUCUCGUCUGGGGCUUCGACCCCACUCGUUUACGACUCAUCAUUAGGGACACCGCUUGGGAUUACAAAUGCCAAAAUUCGAUUGUACAUACGAGAGUCACAGAAUAAAUGGAGAGAUAUGGGUUCAGCACGACUGUCGAUAUUACUUCCUCCGCGGCCAUCCCCUGGAAUCCCUGCGAGCCCACGGACAAUUGGUCUGGAGAAACGUAUCCUGAUCAGUGGAAAGACUAGAGGUGAAACACUGCUGGACGUCACUCUGGGUGAGAGUUGCUUUGAAAGAGUCGCCAGAACAGGUAUUGCAGUCAGUGUCUGGGAAGAUAGAACCGGUCCAGUCACCUCAGGCGGAGUCCUUGCUUCAAAAGCAGACACCUACAUGAUUCAGCACAAGACAGAACGUGAAUGUGCAUACACCUUUGGUCUUGUGGGCAAGCUACGAUACUGA